AUGCCGGAGUUCCAGGAGGAGCAGCUGCGGACGAAGGCCAUGGGCGGUGAACUGCACGAGCAGGCGACGGCGCGGGUGAAGAAGCUGGCGAAGAAGAUUCUUUCUAUCUCGGCCAUCAUUGGAGUCCUGCAGAGCGUGUUGAGCCUGAUCCCGACGUACGUGUUCCCAGGUAUCUUUGCUCAGGACAAGCUUGUGGUUCAGGAGGUCAAGAACCAAGCCUUCAACCUCGCGCUCGCCAUCUUCCCGCACUGCAUCACCAUCGCGAUCGAGGCUCUUCUGCUCAACAGCAAGGACCUUGACUUCCUCGGCGGCGCCUACAUCGUCAAGAGCGUCUUGUGGACCGUCACCCUCAAGCACUUCGCCGACCAGCACGCGAAUCUCAACGUCCUCUGGAAGGGUAUGAUGGCUCUGCAAUACAUCAGAGCCCUUGUGUGGACUCUUCGGCUUAUUCUCUCCGGCAAGAAACUCGGCAUCCCAAUCUACUCGAGGAAGAGCAGGAAGCAACGAGUUCAGAUGUCCAAAGAGAGUCCAGUCUAG